AUGGCCUUCACAGAGUCGGAAAAGUACCACGAUGGGGUGACACCAUUGAAGACAAAGGGCGAGAUUGAUAUUGUGCGCUUAGAGGCCGCAUUGGGGCACAAGCAGGAGCUCAAGCGCAAUUUUGGGCUGUGGAGCUUGACCAGUCUAGGUAUUGUGAUCGCAAACUCUUGGGCGUCAACCGGUGGAACAAUUGUAGCUGCGCUGAAAAAUGGUGGUCCCAUGGCAGUUAUCUAUGGCCUUAUUCUCGUCAGCGUCUUCUAUACAGCUAUCUCCGCAUCACUGGCUGAGCUGGCUUCAUCAAUGCCGUCAGCCGGGGGUGUAUAUUACUGGUCCUCGGUGCUGAGUCGAAAUCGUGGUCGCGGGGCCGGGUUCUUCACUGGUUAUCUCAAUGCUUGUGCGUGGCUGCUGUCUGCCUCAUCAAUGAGUUCCAUGCUGGGUAAUGAGGCGGUGGCAAUGUACCUGCUCAAACACACCGAUAUGACCUGGAAUUCAUGGCAGGUUUUCAUCGUGUUUCAAAUUGUCAAUUGGAUGUGCUGUGCUAUUGUCUGUUUCGGGAAUCGGUUUAUCCCGUUGAUCAACCGGAUUGCGUUGAUUCUGUCAAUGUGCGGAUUGGUGAUCACGGUGAUCGUGUUGGUUGUGAUGCCGAAGACAUAUUCAAGCAACUCGCAGGUCUGGGUUGAGUACCACAACGAGACUGGAGGAUGGUCAGAUGGCGUGUGUUUCAUGACGGGACUACUGAACGCAGCCUUUGCAGUCGGAACACCAGAUUGUAUCAGUCAUCUCUCAGAAGAAGUACCCAAGCCUGAAUCCAGGGUCCCCACAGGCAUCAUGCUCCAAAUGCUAACCGCCUUCACAACAUCUUUCGUCUACCUGAUCGCUCUCUUUUAUUCAAUUCAAGACCUCGAUGCUGUCUACACCAGCAGCAUCGGUUUUUUCCCAACUGCCGAGAUCUACCGACAAGCUACAGGCUCGAAUGCCGGUGCCAUCGGUCUCAUUGCCGUUCUUUUCCUAGCAACAUUCCCAACACUCAUUGGCACAUUUGUGACAGGUGGUCGCAUGUGGUGGAGUCUUGCACGCGACAACGCGACACCCUUUGCCAGUUAUUUUGCCCAAAUCCACCCAACACUCGAUUGCCCAGUUCGCGCAACAGUCGCCAUGAGCGGACUUGUCACCUGUCUAGGAUGCAUAUACGUCGGCAGUACCACCGCCUUCCAGGCACUAAUCUCUUCAUUCAUCGUGUUGAGUUCACUUUCUUAUCUUGGCGCAAUCCUGCCGCAUGUUCUUUCUGGACGCAGGAACAUGGUUCCCGGACCCUUCUAUAUGGGACAGAAGCUAGGGAUGGCAGUCAAUAUCACCGCAUUGCUUUACAUUAUGGUUACGGUUGUGUUCUUCUGUUUCCCGCUGGUCUUGCCUGCCACCGUGAAAAAUAUGAAUUACACUAGCGUAAUCAUUGUGGGCUUGAUGGCCUUGACAGCUAUGUGGUGGUUAUUCAGAGGAAGACGCGAAUACCAAGGCCCACAGUAUAGCUUUGAGGCCGCAGAGAGAUUGACUGCUUUCCAAAGUGGUAAGGAAGGGCGACGGUCAUUUAUCGAUUUGGCCAGUGAGUCGCCUGCGCCUCGUCUUGACGAUCACCCAGCUUUCAAGAGAUAA